AUGAACUUUCUGAUUUGUGCAAGAUUAGGAAUUUAGGAAUUCUAUUUGCUUUGGCUUAGUUUAGGGCUUGUUUGGCUUGGGCCUAUUUGGUUAGACCUUUGUUUUAAAAUUGUGACUUAGAUAUUGGACUUGUUUGGAUAGGUUAAAAUUCGGGGGGCUAAUACUACUACUAAUUUUUUCUUUUUUAAAGCAUUGGGUUAAAUAUACCUAUACUUUUUUGUUUUUUUGGGGGCUCAAGCCCACCCAAGCCCCCUGGAUCCGCCGCUGGUUCCCACUAUUGAAUCCGACUCAAAUAUUCGAGUCUCACCAACCGACUCGCGCUGCAUAAUAAAUAUAGGCGAUAUAUGUAUCUAUACAAUCAUCGCCAAGGUAAAUAUGCAAAAUGAUAUAUAAAGCGUUAAACCCUAAACCCUAGAGGACAAGUGGAGGACCAAAGGAAACAGAAAAGUUAGGGAAGAGGAGAGUUGCAGAGAUAGAGAGAGAGUUGAUUGAAGUCUCCAUACACCAUUCAAGUUCAUAUUAUUCUCAAGAUAUUAGUAGCCGUGUUGAUGUUGGGAUGGCAAUCGACGGGAGUUUUUGUCUGGAAUCCGAGCUCGAGAGGUUUCUUUCUAGGUGUCCGGAGCUUGCAUUCGUUCCUCAAUUUCGGUCCCUUGUGGAGAAGGGACACUUGUUGACAGAAGAAGAAGUGGUGAAUUCAGUUGCGGAGCUGUUUCUUCACCCGAAUUAUACAAUCCCAUUGGUGGGGUGUUUCCGCCCACUAGUACGUAAGAUUAUGGACAGGACUGUGACCUUGCUUCAGAUGGUACCUGAUUUGAGGUCCAAUUCUGAUAAUUUCAUGGAGGAUUUUGAAGAACACAAAUUCCUCCGAGAGACUGGAAAUUUGAAGAAUUCGGAAGGUGUCAGGGUUAUUGAUUUUUAUGUUAGAAGUGGGAAGGGCUUGAAUCUUCAUGAGCUUGCGUGUCUAGCCUUUUGUCGAGCAGUCGAUUUGGCCCCUUUUCUGUUGGGGUAUGUGUUAAACUAUUUCAAAUUUGCUCCUCCUCCAUUUGAAAGGAUUAUGCAGAAAAAAACAGUUUCUGAGCUGUUAGAAAAGGCUGGAACUGAAUUAUUGAAUGAUUUCCGAGCAUCUUAUCGCCUCCUUUCAGAGGAUCCUGAAGUUUUUGCUACACUCUGGGAUUGGUCCUGUUUUUUGGAAUUUGUACAGCAGUCAGCAGACAUUGACCCUGGUGAUAACAUUGAGGGUUUUAAGGAUUUAAAGGACAUAAGAUGGUGUGGGAUACAAAUUCUCUCAAUAAUUCUGAAAUUAAGUAAUAGAGCAACUUCAAACUUCGGUCUUGGGGCGGAAGAAGCUUUUGCAUGUCUAUUGCGCUGGCAGGAAUUCUGUCAGGAUGUAUCAUUGGAGAAGGCUGGUUGGUAUCUUGAAUCAUUUGAAGAAAAGAAGUCUGUUUCUAUCAAUAAGAAUAUGUAUCUUGAUGAACGUUGUCAUCUGCAAUCUUUUGAGCUUUGUUCUUCAUCUGUUUCCUCUUCAAAGUUCAAUGAGAUCGGGUCGUCAAACUGGAGCCGAGGGUUGGGGAUAUGCGAUAUGACAUCUACUGGAAAGCCUUUCGUAUUGACAUCUGCUGUGAAGAAAAGUGUUGAGAUGGUCCUGUUGGCAGUGAGUCAGAAGUGGCCUGUUCUUCUGUAUGGUACUGCCGGUUCUGGGAAAACUGCACUAAUUAACAAGUUGGCCCUGGAUAGUGGGAACAGAGUUCUAUCUAUUCACAUGGAUGAUCAAAUUGAUGGCAAAACCUUGAUCGGUAGUUAUGUCUGUACGGAGCAACCCGGUGAAUUUAGAUGGCAGCCUGGAUUUUUAACUCAGGCUGUUCUUAAUGGAUAUUGGGUUGUCUUUGAGGAUAUUGACAAAGCACCGUCUGAUGUACAAUCCAUUUUAUUGCCAUUGCUGGAAGGUUCAAGUUCAUUCUUAACUGGUCAUGUGGAGGGGAUAAAGGUUGCAGAAAGGUUUCGACUGUUCUCCACAAUAUCAAGUUUAAAGCUUGAUGUAUCUUGUACUAGAGAAGGUGGUUCAAUUAACAAUCUUUGGAGAAAAGUGCUGGUUGGACCCUCAACUGAUCAGGACUUGCUAAGGAUUGUAAAAGCAAGAUAUCCAGAUUUGGAGCCUAUUGCAGGGAAACUCUUAGAAACCUUUGAAAGGGUUAACCAACUUGCAGGAUUUCAGUUUGGAAGUGCUUCUUUAAACUCUCUCAGCAGGUUCUCAUUAAGGGAUCUCCUAAAAUGGUGCAAGAGAAUUGCAGGUUUUGGUUUUAGCUUUGGUAGGGAUGGCCUGUCAACUUACGUGUGUAAUAGCAUUUAUCAAGAGGCUGUUGAUAUUUUUGCAGCUUUCUCUAGUUCUGUUGAAAAUCGGUUAACUAUUAUGAAAGACAUUGCAAAGCUGUGGGCAGUGCCAAUUUCAGCUGCAGAGACAUUAUACCCUGUUAAUAAACCCGUUAUCCAGGAUUUGCAUGUUGAUUUGCGUAUUGGACGGAUUACUCUCCAACGUAAUCAAGAGUCCCAUGACAAAAAACAACGUUUUGUUGAAAUUCGUAGCUCAUUACAUGUUCUUGAGAGAAUAGCGUGCUCCAUCAAGUACAAUGAGCCUGUUCUUUUGGUUGGUGAAACUGGUACAGGGAAGACAACUCUUGUUCAGAAUCUAGCUAGAAGGCUUGGUCGGAAACUUACAGUUCUGAACUUAAGCCAACAAAGUGAUGCUGCUGACUUAUUAGGUGGAUUUAAGCCUAUGAAUGCACAAUUUGUAUGCAUACCUCUUUAUAAGGAGUUUGAGAUUCUUUUCACUAAUACAUUCUCUUCAAAGGAUAAUGAGAAAGUUCUUGCUAGUUUAAAGAAACUUGUGAGUAAUAAUAAUUGGGAAAAAUUGGUAAGUGGACUUCGGAAAUAUGCUAAAAAGGUAGCCAAAAUUGGAAGAUCUGGGUUACUUGAAACCGAAAGCUCUGGGUCUGGUAGAAAACGGAACAGACCCUUGGAUGAAAAAUUACUGAGAGCUUGGAAAAAUUUCUAUUUGAAACUCAAAGUUGCUUGUGCUCAAAUUACUGCCUCAUCUGGAAUGAUAUUUUCAUUUGUAGAAGGAGCUUUUGUAACUGCACUUAGAAAUGGUGACUGGAUUUUGCUUGAUGAGUUAAAUUUGGCUCCUCCAGAAACCUUGCAGAGAGUUAUUGGUGUCCUUGAAGAAGAGAAUGGGUCACUUUGUUUGGUUGAAAGGGGCGAUGUUGAUUAUAUUCAUAGACAUCCCAAUUUUCGUAUAUUUGCCUGUAUGAAUCCUGCCACUGAUGCCGGAAAGAGAGACUUGCCCUAUUCGUUACGGAGUAGGUUUACGGAAUACUUUGUUGAUGAUGUGUUAGAGGACGAAGAUUUGGUUGUUUUUAUUAAUCACUCUUUGGAUGGCAGCCACUUGAAUAGUGAAUUAGUAGAUAAAGUAGUGCGUUUCUACAAAGCAGCCAAGAAGGAAUCUGAAGAGAGGUUGCAGGAUGGGGCCAAUCAGAAGCCCCAGUACAGUCUCAGGUCUCUUUAUCGUGCACUUGAAUAUACAAAUAUUGCAGGAGGAAAAUUUGGAUUCCAGAAAGCACUUUACGACGGAUUUUGUAUGUUUUUCCUUACUUUGUUGGAUGAACCUAGUGCUAAGGUAAUGAAACAAAUGAUUCUGUCAUAUCUGAUGGGAGGAAAUUUACCUCCGCAUGUCCCUUUUAGUGAUUAUUUGAAAAUUGACGGGAACUCCAGUUCUGGUGGUUUCUUGGAGAACUACGUUCUUACCAAGAGUGUUAAGGAACAUCUGAGGAGCUUGGCCCGUGCUAUAUUUGGUAGAAGAUAUCCUGUUCUUUUGCAGGGCCCCACAUCUAGUGGGAAGACUAGUCUUGUCCAGUAUCUUGCUGCAAUAACUGGUCAUGAGUUUGUCCGUAUCAAUAACCAUGAACACACCGAUCUGCAGGAAUAUCUGGGUUCGUACGUCACUGAUGCUAGUGGAAAGCUUGUAUUUCAGGAAGGGGUGCUGGUUAAAGCUGUUCGAAAUGGAUAUUGGAUAGUUCUGGAUGAGCUUAACCUAGCCCCGUCUGAUGUUUUGGAAGCAUUGAACCGGUUGCUAGAUGACAACAGGGAACUUUUUGUACCUGAACUGAAUGAAACUGUUCGCGCACAUAGAGAUUUUAUGCUGUUUGCGACUCAGAAUCCACCCACUUUCUAUGGUGGUCGUAAAAUGCUUUCUCGAGCAUUUCGCAACCGUUUUGUGGAGAUCCAUGUUGAUGAGAUACCAGAAACAGAGUUGAGCACGAUAUUGGAGAAGAGGUGCCUUAUCCCUGAAAGCUAUGCUAUGAAAAUGGUUGAAGUUAUGAAGGAGCUGCAAUUGCGCAGGCAGACUACUAAAGUUUUUGCAGGAAAACAUGGUUUUAUUACCCCACGCGACUUGUUUCGAUGGGCUGGUCGUUUCAGAACAUUUGGGAAUUCAUAUGCAGAUUUAGCUAGUGAGGGUUUUUUUUUGUUGGCUGAAAGGCUAAGAGAUGAGACUGAGAGAACUGUUGUUCAAGAAGUUUUGGAGAGGAAGCUCCGUACUAAACUAGCCAAGGAUGACCUCUACAAGCAGGAACCAGAGGAAAGUGACAAGGUUAUAAACUUGUGCAAAUAUUCUGAAGUUUUUCAGAAUCUUGGGAGAAUUGCAUGGACUAAAAGUUUGUGGAGGUUGUUCUUUCUUGUUGAACGUUGCUACAAGUUGCGAGAACCUGUCCUCCUUGUUGGUGAAACUGGUGGUGGGAAGACUACUGUUUGCCAGUUAUUAAGUAUUGUUUUGGGGUCUAAAUUGCAUAUUCUGAACUGCCAUCAAUAUACAGAAACGUCUGAUUUCCUUGGGGGGUUUCAUCCUGUACGAGAGAGAUCAGAAAUAUCUUCGGAGUUCAGAUUUCUAUGCGAACAAUUGAUACUGUCCAAGCCUUUUAUUCACUUUCCUGAUAAUAUCACAAUUUCUUCAGAUAUUGGUCAAGCUUCUUUUACUCUUGAUAAUUUGGCUGUAAUUAUAAAGAGCUACCGGCAAGAACUCAUCUCCCAUCCUGAUGUCUCUCUGCAAGAUCUUAAUUUAUUUGAACAAAUGAAGCUGGAUCUAGCUCAGCUUUACCAGAAGUGGAAGACCAUUUUUAUGUGGCAAGAUGGGCCUCUUGUUCAAGCAAUGAAGAAUGGAGAUCUGUUUCUUGUGGAUGAGAUAUCUUUGGCUGAUGAUAGCGUACUUGAAAGGUUGAACAGUGUCUUGGAGCCAGAAAGGAAAUUGUCUUUGGCUGAGAAAGGAGGGUCCGAUCUUGAGAAAGUAACUGCACAUCCAAACUUCUUUCUUCUUGCGACAAUGAAUCCUGGUGGUGAUUAUGGUAAAAAGGAACUAUCUCCAGCUCUGCGCAAUCGGUUUACUGAGAUCUGGGUUCCCCCUGUUAAUGACCUAAAUGAGCUUAGAAGUAUCGCUUUACAGAGAAUUUCAGACACAGAACUUUCAUGUGUUGUGGAUCCUAUGCUGAAUUUCUGGGAAUGGUUCAACAAGUUACAAACAGGAAGAACACUUACUGUGAGAGAUCUGUUGUCUUGGAUUGCUUUUAUUAAUGUAACUACGAGAAGUUUACAACCUGAGCUUGCAUUUGUACAUGGGGCGUUCCUUGUUUUGCUUGAUGGACUAAGUUUAGGUACAGGUAUUUCAAAGAGCGAGGCUGGAGAGUUGAGGGACAGAUGCCUGUCUUUUCUUCUGGGACAACUAAAGGUGGGUGAGUCUAGUUUGGUUGACUCCAAUCUGUCCAUGAUGGAAAAUUAUGGUUGGGCUGAUAUUAAAAUGCCUGGCACUAUUACAUGCAAUGAUGACAGGUCAUGUGACAGUCUUUUUGGUAUCCAUCCAUUCUACAUUGAGAAAGGUGAUGAUAAUCUUGAGUCUGAUGGGUUUGAAUUUCUGGCACCAACUACCUGCAGGAAUACCUUGAGGGUAUUGCGCGCUAUGCAGCUUGCAAAGCCUGUUUUGUUGGAAGGUAGUCCAGGUGUUGGAAAAACAAGUCUAAUUGUUGCCCUUGCAAAGUAUUCUGGGCACAAGAUUGUAAGGAUAAACUUAUCCGAGCAGACUGAUAUUAUGGAUUUAUUGGGGUCCGAUCUCCCUGUUGAGAGUGAUGAAGGAAUGCAUUUUGCUUGGUCUGAUGGAAUCCUUCUGCAGGCUAUUAAAAAGGGAUCUUGGGUUCUUCUGGACGAAAUUAAUCUUGCUCCACAAUCUGUUUUAGAGGGUUUGAAUGCAAUUUUGGACCAUCGAGCUGAGGUUUUUAUCCCGGAGCUGGGUCUCACUUUCAAGUGUCCACCAUCUUUCAGAGUUUUUGCAUGUCAGAACCCUUCCUUUCAGGGCGGAGGCCGGAAAGGCCUUCCUAAGUCCUUUCUGAACCGUUUUAUCAAGGUUUAUGUGGAUGAGUUACUUGUUGAUGACUAUGUUUUCAUCUGUAAUUCGCUGUAUCCAUCAAUUCCGAAGGAUAUACUUUCAAAGCUGAUUUUGUUUAAUAAGCGGUUACAUGAAGAGACUAUGUUACAUCACAAGUUCGCUCAAGAUGGUUCUCCUUGGGAGUUCAAUCUCCGGGAUGUCAUCCGAUCUUGUCAGAUCAUACAAGGUGCACCUGAAGGGUCAAAAUUUGAUUGCUUCCUCAACACCAUCUAUGUUCAAAGAAUGCGCACUGCUGCUGAUCGCAGAGAAGUCAUACAGCUUUAUGAACAGGUUUUUGGGCUGAAUCCAUAUUUAAUUCCUUACCCACGAGUGCAGCUCACUACUCAAUACUUGAUUGUUGGGAAUACUUGCAUAAAAAGGAAUCAUUUUCAGUCACCUAAAGUAUCUAAUAGCGGGCUAAAAAUUUUACCGGGAAUACGUCAUAGCUUGGAAGCUGCUGCACAGUGUGUAGAGCAUCAGUGGUUGUGCAUAUUGAUUGGUCCACCUUCGUCUGGGAAGACUUCUUUGAUAAGGCUACUUGCUCAGCUUACUGGCAAUGUUUUAAAUGAAUUAAAUCUUUCAUCUGCUAUUGAUAUAUCCGAGCUAAUUGGAUGCUUUGAGCAAUACAAUGCCUUCCGCAAUUAUCGCCUUACCAUUGCUCAGGUUGAGUGUUAUAUAAAUGAAUACUGCAGCUUGAAACUGGAAUUUUCGUCAGAGGCAUUUAUAGGAAGAAGAAAAGAUCUCAUAACUCGAUGGCUUUCUUUCUUAUCAAAAAUGGAUUGUGGCCCUACUACAUUGGCUUCUGCUUCAGCAUAUACCGAGAAUUGGAAUACGAGAUCCUUCGAUUCCAUUUCUUUGUUAGUCGAAAUCAUUGAACAUCUCAGGUUGGAUCUGAUGAAAAAUCCACUGCCUGUGUCUUGGUCAUGUGAGGAUCUUGAUAGGACUCGGAAGACGCUUUUAAAGUUGCAAGAGGAUCACCAAACAAAGCCAUAUUCAGCGAAGUUUGAAUGGGUUACUGGAUUACUGAUAAAGGCUAUUGAAAAUGGAGAAUGGAUUGUUCUAGAGAAUGCAAAUACUUGCAAUCCCACGGUUUUUGAUAGGAUCAACUCUUUGGUUGAGCCGCAUGGAUCAAUCACAGUUCAUGAGCGUGGGACUGUUGAUGGAAAGGCAUUGGUUAUCCAUCCUCACCCCCAAUUUCGGAUGUUCCUCACGGUUAACCCAAGUUAUGGUGAAGUGUCCCGGGCAAUGCGAAAUAGAGGAGUUGAAAUAUAUAUGAUGGAGCCAGAUUGGCUGCUUGAGGCUGGAAGUGGUGACAAUCGUGAUGAGACUCGAGUCAAAGAUGUGAAGAGAUUUCUUACUCUCUCUGGUAUUCCAGUUGGCAUGUUGGUUGAUUCAAUGGCCAAUUCUCAUAUCUAUGCUAAGAAUGAAGCUCUACGCUUUCAUAUAAACAUUACAUGCCUUGAGCUUGCACGUUGGGUGCAGCUAUUCCAGCGGCUUCUCACAAAUGGCAAUCAGCUUGUUUGGAGCCUCCAAAUAAGUUGGGAGCAUACAUACCUGUCCUCUUUAGGUGAAGCUGAAGGGAAAGAUAUUGUUUCUCAUGUGAUACUUUCUUAUUUAUCAAUGGAUGAGCUAUUCAAAUUUGAUUUAUCCCUAGCAAGUUCUUUGUGUUCACCUGGAGGAUGGCCAACACCCUUGAAAUUAAGGGAUUAUGUAUGGUACUCUAAAGAAACUUCUGUCAAACAAAAUUGCAUGUAUCUAGAGUUUCUCGGUGCCCAAAGUGCGUCGUAUACAUUUCAUAUUUCCUUGGAUCGGUGCCCAAUGCAACAAGCUCUAACUGCUAGUGGUUACUUGUUGGAUAUGGAGACAUUACAGUUGAUUAUGUCUCCCAAGGCUUCAAACGAAAAAAGAAUUGAAAAAAGAAAUUAUGUUGGGCGAGCGGAGCUCGACUUGGCACUUGCUAGAAAAAUGCUCUUCUUUGCUGCAAAUUGGACAAUCGAACAAGCCAAUGAAAGUGAUAUCGAACUGUAUUUUUGUUGGUUUAGUUGGUUUGGUUCUCGCGUAAUGCCAUUUUGUAAUUUCUUUAGUUCUUUCCUGAUGCUACUCAAGCAGGAAUUUAAGCAUCCUAUUUGGAAUUAUAUUGUUUGUUGCCGCCGGGAGCUUAUGUCUCGUCUCCAGUUUGAUUUAGACUCAAAGCCAAUACCAAUGCUAUCCUUGGAAAUAGUUGAUUUAUUUGCAUCUGACGACAUGUCAAAGUCCUCGAGCAAAAUUCUCUGUAAUGCUAUUAAUUGUGUAGGCCUUUUAAGGCUUAGUUUGCAACAGUGGAAUGCUGAGAGUGAGUAUGACUUCAGUGAGAAAACUCAGUGUUUCAUUCCUGUGUUAAGAUCUCUACAAACACUAGAAGAGAAAGUGCUUGAUAUGCUUGUUGAAUCUCCUACAUUUGAUGUGCUUUUUCGAUUAUAUAAUGAGCUGCUUGGAGAUCACAUAUCAUUUUGGAACAGCAUUUUGUCAUCCCAAUUUGAGCAUUCCCUAAUUUCAUGGCGUUCUUUGAUCAAGAAUGCUGUGAAAUUUAGGGAAAUCUGUCCAAGAGAAGUUGAAAGUUUACAGAUGGAAAGUAAACAUCUGGAUGGAGUUUCAUCUUGGCGUUUUCAUUUGCAAAAGUCAUUGCUUUGGGUACAUGGCGGUCAUCCCAUUGUGCCUUCUUCGGCUGAUCUAUAUCAAAAGCAGCAUCAGCUUUUAAACUUUUGUGAGUUGGUAUGGCCAAGAAAGAGGAAACCGUGGAAACAGGCCUCAAAAGAUUGCCCCAUUGAGGCUGUUGUUUCUUCAGAUCCUGAACUUCGCUUUCUUGCAAUGCAAGGUGUUUGCAUGUCAACAUAUAUUGUGGAAAAAGUGAAGGGAGGGGAUUCUCAUGCUGUUCAGGAGUUGGAGGAGAUGCAUCAGAUGCUUUUGAAAAGGUUUGAGCAUGAGAAAAAUAAAUUGCAAGCAACUAUUGGGGCUACUAGAUGUGUAUAUUCUAUGGCAGACUUCACUACUUGUUGUGUCUUCUCUUCUGAUAUACGGGAUAGAUGGUUGGGCUUUGAUAGCUGGCAGGAUACUCUUCCCAUAACUGACAGCAACAGCUCUUUUUUGGAUAUGGAGUUACUUCAAGAGCUGUCAAAGAUUGUCUUUCUUGAUGCAGAAGAAUUACAUCAUGCUUUGUCUAGUUUGUCGGACUCUCUGGUAUACACAAGGAAUUUCUCCCUGAACUUCUCAUCAAGACCUCCCUCUGAUUUUUUGCCGCAUCAAAAGAUUCUGUGGUCAUUGGAUGCUUGGCCAGCAGUUGAUUCUGUGAACAUGAAAGUUGCAAGCUUUGUUCUUGAGAUGUGGUUCAGUUGGCAUUCAUCUUUGUGGACCCCUUGUCCUGCUUUAGUUGAGAACCUUUCGAGGAUUGCUGGUUGUGAACCUGAUAUGCUUUUUCAGCCUGUAAAGGCGGCAACUGUGAACCAAAUUCUGAAAGGUGCAUUUGCUAUUAAGGAUUAUCACAUUUACAGCUUGAAACUCAGAGUCGCUUCUCGUAGUCUUUGGCAAUGUUCACCAAUGACUAAUUUACAUAGUUUUCUUUUAUCCACGGCUAGAACUAUAUUCCAACAGAUUAUAUAUACCCACAGAAAAACAUUUGAAGCUGAUGUGUAUGCUGUAAUCAAGUCUGUUCUUUGUUCCUUUCAGAAGAAUACGACGACGGAGGACAGUAUCAAGGAAUUGGUUUCCCAUCUUGCAUCGUCAAGCCAUCACGGAUUGACCUCAUUGAUGGGGUUGUUUAUUGAGCCAGUGCUUGGAGAACUGUAUCUUCAAUGUCCAUCUACUGACAUCCUAUAUGCUCUAGGUUGUGCAUGGGUACGAAUUGGGGGGUUGAGUUAUCAUCUCCUGAUAAGCUGUGACGAUCUGGAUCCUUCACUGAAGUACUCUUGCAAGCACACACAGUUAGCGGGAAGGAUUGAAUUGCUUGAACUAGAGAAUAAGGUACGGCAAGAGUGUUCCUAUUUAGCGGGUUCGUUUUAUUUGAGCGAAAAUGGCAAACAGAGAACAAUGUUGUUGGAAAAUCUCAAAUCUGAGUGCAAGAGGCUACAAAGAAAGAUUGUCUUUCGCUCUGAUCCUGCAAAGUUUAAGAAGUUAAAAUAUGAAUGUGAUGAGUUUCUUAAACUGAUUGGAAAUUCAAUUGGCCUGAUCAAGAAUGUUGAAAGCAUGGAUCUACAGCAGAUUACUGACCAAGUGCAAAACUGGCAGGAGACAGCAACCUGUUUUAUUGAUAGGUUAUCGUGCGAAUAUGCUGCCUAUGUUGAUAUUGUUCAACCAGUUCAGUUUGCAAUCUAUGAUAUGAAAUUAGGCUUAGCUCUGGUUUUUUCAAGUUCUUUGCAGAAAAAGUUUCUGCAUGAAGUUGGGCAAGAUGAUAUGGAUAAAGUUCUGGAUACACUAUAUUCAUUUAUGAGAUUUCCAAGGGGCUGUGCAUCCAAAGCUGUUUCAGUUAACGUUAAUAGUGGGCUGGCCAAGUUCCCUUACUAUGAUGUUGAAUUCCCUACUAAUACUGGGGAUAUGGAUAUCAAUUUGCUAGGAAAUUUGGUUGCUUUUAGAGGAGGUGUCACUUCUAAAACGUUAUCUGUCUUGCAAGAAAAGGCUGCGAUUAAUCAAAAUAUUCUUGCUCGUGUUGUUCAUUCUGUUUCUGAGUCCCAAUUAAUGGAUUACACAUCCUUCACGCUUUUGGAUAAGAUAUUUGAGGAGUUUGCAAGGCUUUGGAUGAGCAUGAAAGUUGAAGUCAAAAACAAAGAAGACCGUGAAGCUCAGCAAUACAAGUUUAGGACCCGUGCAUUUAAGAUGGAGGACAUAUUCGAAAUUGAUAUAUCCACUCUUAGUGUUGCAAAUGAGAGUUUUUCAGAAUGGCGUGAUUUUCUAGCUGAUGAAGAAUUCACUGAAAGGGAAGUUGAUGAAAAAGGUGAAAUUCUGGAGGAAGAAUGGAACUUCAUGAAGGAAUCCAUUCUGGACAAUGUUGUCCGCAUUCACAAUCAAUUAUUUGGGUCUAUGGAUCUUGUCCAAGCUCCUGGAUUUAUUCAGGUCUCUGAUGCAGACAGAUUGGCUUCCUUCAUUGACUCUUAUACAUUGGGAAUAGGAAUGAUUAAAGAUUUAGAGGGCUUGUUCUGCACUACUUUGGAUGCUAAACUUGUGCCAGAGCAUUUGCUCCGUCUUUGUUUGGAGCAACAGAAAGUCAUAUCAUCUCAUAAUUUCACUCACUCAUACAAUUUUUACAAGGAUUCAAAUGCUCCUGUGAUGGCUAAAAUGGUGGAGUUAAUUACUAUUCUUCGGCAGAGAAUUCUUCAUCUUUUAAAUGAGUGGGAAGAUCAUCCUGCUCUACAAAAAAUUGUGGAUGUGACUGAACUGAUCUUGGCUAUUCCUCUAACCACCCCUCUAGCUAAGGCUCUCUCGGGAUUGCAGUUCCUUACUAAUAGGGUGCGGACAUUACAGGAAACUGUUUCCAAAUUCCCUCUCUCUGAUCAACUGGAACCUAUUUUUGUUCUGGUGUCCACGUGGCAAAAGAUGGAGUUUGACUGUUGGCCUGCUUUGCUUAAUGAAGUUCAAGGUCAAUAUGAAGUUAAUGCAGGGAAGUUGUGGUUCCCUCUAUAUUCUGUUCUUCAGCAUAGACAUGCUGCUGCUAUUGUUGAGUACGAUCAAUCUACAAUCCAGAGCUUGGAUGAGUUUAUUCGAACAUCCAGCAUUGGUGAAUUUAAAAAACGUCUUCAACUUCUCAUUGCGUUCCAUGGUCAAAUCAGUGCUGGAAUAUGUCGGGGAUCUUAUUCAAGCCCUUGCCAAAUGGAAAAUGUCAAGAUUCUAUACAAUAUUUUUGGCUUCUAUGUGCAAUUCUUGCCAGUAAUUUUGGAGCAUAUAGAAGUUAACAGACGAAAUAUUGAGAUGGAAUUGAGAGAGGUUUUGAAGCUAUGUCGCUGGGAGCGCCCUGAUAUGGCAUUUGAAAACUCAAAAAGGACCAGGCAGAAACUCCGGAAGAUCAUUCAAAAAUUUACUGAUCUUCUACAACAACCUGUACUGCUUAUUCUUAACCGAGAAGUAGGUCAAAGUGAGAUUAGAACUCUUUCUAUACAAGGUCCGAAGAUCAUUGGUGAUUCUUUCAAUCAGAGUAGAGAGAUCUUGAAUGUUGCCUGCAAUCAGAUUCAGUUUAGAGAUGACAACUGGGUCAUGUGGUUUGCUGAUUGGAGGGAAAAAGCAUAUUCUGCUUGGAAAAGCUUGAAUGUUGAGGGGACACCUGAGUUUGACUUCCUAUAUUUUCCUUUUAAGGAUACUGAAGAGGUUGGAAGUGCUUUUGGGCAUUUCUUAGCUCCCCAGUCUUCACACCUUGGACACCAGGAGAAAAGGAAGCAAUUGUGGUGUACAAUUGAAACAAUAUGCAGAACUGCAAUUGAUUGUGGUGAUCUCUGGAAGGAUGAAAAUAAGAAUUUAGGGAAGAGGAGGGCUUUGUCUGACCUUCUAAAGCUUUUAGAUAACUGUGGGCUGUCUAAACACAGGUCUACAUUGUUUGAGGAUCAAUUCAGAUGCAAUCAAUCUGGUUCAUGGCUCCUUCAACCAUCAUAUGAAGUGAAGCAUUUGCUGCUGACACAUGGUAGACUGUCUGCCAUGGAUGUUGAUGUUUCUGCUUCAAGCCAGUCUCAGUGUUUGCCCUAUGAAAAUUUGGAUACUCAAAUGACUACAGUAAACCAAGACUACUUUAAGAGCUUGGCAUCAGUCCACCUUCUGCAGCAGAUUUGCCUGAAUUUCCAUAAAGAUUUUACUCUUGAACAGGUCAAUAGAUCAUGGUCUUUCAUCGACCAUCUAAUUGUGAUACAACAAGAGCAACGGGCUUCUGCCUAUGGUUUUACUGAGCAACUGACAUGCUUGAGAAAAUGCAUAUUGCCUCUAGAAAAUGUGUUUUCAAAUGCCUCUGCUUUUAAUUGCAUGAGUAGUGUGGAUUGCCCUUUGAUCCAUAACCAACAUGCCACAUAUAAAUGUAUGUGGCAACAAAAGCAACUACUUGAUAGUUUGUGUGUCAUGUUGCAUGAGGAAGGUUUGCUGCUAAAAGCAGUUGAAGAUAACCAUUUGGACUCUUGUCAAAAUGUCAAAUCUGCUGCAUACAGGCUUCAUGUUUUCAUUGAGAAGUUUGUUCCAGAUUUUCAGAAAUCUAAGGAUAUUCUGGAUAAUUAUCUCCUUGGCCAUAAUAGAAUUAUAACCGUGGAGACCGUUCCAUUGCACCCUAGCAUAAUUUCAAAGCAAAUGGAAGAGUUGGUACUACAAAACUUCAAGUUUAUAAAGGAGUUUGAGGAGCAUCUCUGUACUUUCCGCAUGGAACUUAUGGAUAGAAGAUCGGUUGAAAAGGCUCUGCUUGGUCGUUUUGAAGAUAUAUUUAAAAUGGGUAACUUAGUAGCAGAGGAAUACAACUAUGCUCUACAAGGUACAAAUGAAUCAGAAAAUAUAGAGGAAGAGUCCAAAUGUUUCCAGAAAAAAUCUUGUGAACUCAAAGCUGAAUUUGGUGAUGCCCUGAAAGGAGCAUAUAAAUGUAUAAUGGAUGCAUUUGAUAGAGUAGGCUCACUGAAUAAUGAUCAUGCAUUUCCUGACGGAUCGCCUGGCAAUAUUACUGAAUGUCAAAUAGUCUUUGAAUCGUGUAUAGAAAAUCUGCGCUUGGACCUUGUAUGUGAUGAAGUACUCAAGACUAUAUAUCAUGGAGUAAAACUGGUAAACGAUUAUAGCAAUGAAGAUCCCAAUUUACCUGUUCUAGUUGGAGCAUAUUUAAAGCAUCUUUAUUUGUUAUUGGACUUGCUGUUGGCCUUUGGCAAUCAACUUCUGCAUGAUUUCUUAGCAAUGCAUAGAAUGGUAUCUAUGGUGACUCAUGUGCUUGCAGGCAUGUUUGCUUCACUGUAUUCCAAAGGCUUUGGCACUUCUACAGAAGACGAGGACACUAUCUAUGAUAAAACUCAAAAUGCAAGUGGAACAGGUAUGGGAGAGGGUGCUGGACAGACUGAUGUUAGUGAUCAAUUAAACAAUGAAGAUCAGCUUCUUGUGGCCUCUGUAAAGCCGAAUGAAGAACAAGAUGCUUCAAGUGAAACUCCAAGUAAAAAUGAUAAAGGGAUAGAGAUGGAGCAGGAUUUUGCUGCUGAUACAUUUAGUAUUAGUGAGGAUAGUGGAGAUGAUGGUGAAGAAGAUGGUGAUAAUGAGCAACUGGAGUCUGCAAUGGGGGAAACAGGAGCAGACAGUGAAAUCAUUGAUGAGAAGCUCUGGGAUAAGCACAAUGAUGAAAAUCCUGAUAACAGAAAUGAGAAGUAUGAGCCUGGGCCUUCUGUCGAAGAUGGUGAUUCUAGCGGUAGAGAGCUAAGAGCUAAGGAAGAUCCUUCCUCUGUUGCUAAUGAAGCUGAAGAACUCAAUCCUGAUGAAUUUGAAAAACAAAAUGAUAGUGGAAACCAAGAUGGUCUUGACAAUACUGAGAAUUUUGAAGACAUUAACAUAGACAAAGAAGAGGCAUUUGCAGAUCCUACAGGAUUGAAGCUUGAUGAGCCAAAUAAGGGCUCUGAAGAAGAUAUUGAUAUGGAUGAACAGGAAGGUGCUGAUCCCAUGGAAAGUGCUGAUCCAAACGAGCUUGAUGAGUCUGCUGAAAAUGAGAGUGGUGAAGAUGGAAAGGCCAAUUCUAUAGAAAAAACUCUGGAAGGGGCCGAAACUGAAGAAGUUGAUGGCAAUGCUGAGAGGGAUGAUCUAGGUAACAAUCAGACAGACAGUACAGAAAUGGACUUGGCGGCACCCGAAAAAGAUGCGGUUGAACGGAAUGCUUCCAACUUACUUAGUGAUCAAGUGCCCAAUACUAAAUCUGAUACACAACCAAAAGGUGAUUCACAUGCAGCAGACCUAAGAGAGGUUGCACCAGAAGCAAAAGGUUCUAACAGCAGUGGGAUUCAGCAUGACCCCUCUCCUAUGAGAGGCUUACCUAAUGCCACCGAGACUGAAAUUACAGUGGCUGACUCAUCAAAUGGUGGAAGAUUAAGUGAUGACCAAUUUAAAUCUCAGUUGCCUCAACAUGAUUCUUCCUCUCUUCAGAAAACCCAACCAAACCCUUGUCGUGAUGUUGGAAAUGCACUUGAUGAAUGGAAAGAAAGAGUCAAAGUGUCUUUUGAUCUUCAGAACAACGAUGUAGAGGCUCCAGAUGACAUGAUGGAUGAGGAUGCAGAUGAGUAUGGAUACACCUUCGAGUUUGACAAGGGAACCGCUCAGGCAUUGGGGCCUGCAACAUCUGAACAGAUGGACCGGAAUAUCAAUGGUGACAAGGCUGAUGCAGAUGGUAAAGAUUUAGAUAGAGAAGAAAUUGCUGCAAUGGAAAUUGACAAGCAUGAUUCCGAAAAAGUACCUAUUAAGAGUCAUGCCUUGAGUCUCAGAAAUGAGAUUGAGAAGCAGAUGAAGAUCUCAGACCAAGAGAUGCCACCAGAGGAACCACCAGAAAUCCAUAGCCAUGUUGAUGGUCAUCCAGGAAUCCUGUCAGAGAGUUUAGUCACCUUGAAUAGAUCUUACAUGAGUGAGGACAUAAAUCAACUUGGUAAACUUUCAGUAAGUGACAAUGAACUGGGGAAAGCCCACAAUCUCGAGGAAGUGUCCAGUGAUGUGAAAAAUAAUGCUACUACUGUUUGGAGAAGAUAUGAACUGCUCACGACAAGAUUGUCUCAAGAGUUGGCUGAACAGUUGCGACUGGUAAUGGAACCCACUCUAGCUAGCAAGCUCCAAGGCGAUUACAGGACUGGCAAAAGGAUUAACAUGAAGAAGGUAAUUGAUUACAUUGCAAGUCUUUAUCGGAAAGAUAAAAUAUGGUUGAGGCGGACCCGGCCCAAUAAAAGGGACUACCAAAUUGUUAUUGCUGUGGAUGAUUCCCGCAGCAUGUCAGAGUCUCAUUGUGGGGAUGUUGCUAUUGAAGCUUUGGUGACAGUAUGUCGUGCCAUGUCUCAAUUGGAAGUGGGAAAACUGGCUGUCGCAAGCUUUGGAAAGAAGGGCAACAUUAAGUUGUUGCAUGACUUUGAUCAACCACUCACUCCAGAGGCUGGGAUCAAGAUGAUCUCGAGCUUGACAUUUAAGCAAGAUAAUACCAUAGCAGAUGAACCUAUGGUUGAUCUCUUGAAAUUUUUGAACAAUUUGCUGGAUGCUGCAGUAGCAAAUGCACGACUCCCAUCUGGACAGAAUCCACUACAGCAGUUAGUUUUGAUCAUAGCUGAUGGUCGGUUCCAUGAAAAGGAGAAUCUGAAGCGAUGUGUUAGGGAUGCUCUGAAUAGAAAACGAAUGGUUGCGUUUCUGCUCCUUGAUAGCCCAGAAGAGUCCAUAAUGGACCUCAUGGAGGCCUCAUUUCAGGGUGGGAAUAUUAAAUUUUCAAAGUAUUUAGAUUCAUUCCCAUUUCCAUACUAUAUUGUGCUGAAGAACAUUGAAGCACUCCCUAGGACCCUUGCUGAUUUAUUAAGACAGUGGUUUGAACUUAUGCAACACUCGAGAGAUUAAAUCAGUUGGGUGGAUAAGCACUCACUACGUCUUGGUCAGCCUUUAUAAAUUGGACGAGGUCUAUCGGAUGUAUAGCUUUUUUUUGUACCAAUAUGACAUAUAAACUGUCGCCUAAAAUAUUUAGGUUAGACGAGAAAGAGAAAAGGAACUGGGGUGUAGAUGUGAGACAUGCUAAAAUUAGCAUUUUACAGUGAGAAUGAAUUGUACAAAUUACAAUCUAUAUCAAUAUAAAGCGGUUGUUUAUGCCAUCGUUCGUGCUA